ACUACGGUUCCCGGCGGGCGGCGGGAGGGCGCUGUCACGUGCCGUCGAACAUGGCUGCCCCGUGCGCGGCGGGGCCGCACAGGGGCUGCUGAGCGCUUGCGGGGCGGCGGCAGACCCAGUCCCAGACCCAUCAUGCAGAAGAUCAAGUCGCUGAUGACCCGGCAGGGUCUAAGAAGUCCUCAAGAGAGUGUUCAUGACCUCAGUCCUAUUGAAAGCUUUCGGAUCCCUACUAAGGAGGAUCUCAGAGAACUAUGUGAAGAACCAACUGAUCCUCAAGCUCAGCAAGAAAUAAUUAACAGCAUUGAAGAAGUUUAUUUUUCCAGUGAUUCUUUUGAUAUUGUGAAGUAUGAAUUAGAGAGGCUUCCUCCAGUACUUAGUCUUCAAGAACUGGAAGAGUACAGAGACAAAUUAAAACAACAGCAAGCUGCUGUAUCUAAGAAAGUUGCGGAUUUGAUUCUAGAAAAACAGCCUGCAUAUGUUCAGGAACUUGAACGUGUUACAUCGUUGCAGGCUGGCCUUCAGUUAGCAGCUGUUAUUUGCACAAAUGGAAGAAGACACUUGAAUAUAGCAAAGGAAGGCUUCACACAAACCAGUUUGGGGCUUCUUGCAGAUCAAAGAAAACGACAGUUGCUUAUUGGAUUGCUAAAGUCUCUGAGAACAAUAAAAACACUGCAAAGAACUGAUGUACGUUUGAGUGAGAUGUUGGAGGAAGAGGACUAUCCAGGAGCUAUUCAGCUGUGCUUGGAAUGCCAGAAAGCUGCCAGCACUUUCAAACACUACAGUUGUAUAAGCGAGUUGAAUUCAAAACUGCAAGACACCUUGGAACAAAUAGAGGAACAACUGGACGUAGCACUCUCCAAAAUAUGCAAGAACUUUGACGUUAGUCAUUAUACAAAGGUUCAGCAGGCUUACAGACUGCUUGGAAAAACGCAGACAGCAAUGGACCAGUUACAUAUGCACUUCACUCAAGCCAUUCACAACACUGUGUUUCAAGUAGUCCUUGGAUAUGUGGAGCUGUGUGCAGGAAAUACAGACACCAAGUUUCAGAAGUUACAGUACAAAGACCUCUGUACACAUAUUACAUCAGACAGCUACAUUCCAUGCCUUGCUGAUCUCUGCAAAGCUCUCUGGGAAGUCAUGCUCAGUUACUACCGAACAAUGCAGUGGCAUGAAAAUCAUGACCAAGAUGAGGCAGCAGCUGUGUCCUCUGUUUCAGAUGGUAGCAAUGUGAUUGGAACUGAAGAGAACAGUUUUGACCGCAGCUAUGUAAAAAAGAAAUUGGAGCAUGGGCUUUCACGAAUAUGGCAGGAUGUUCAACUGAAAGUGAAAACAUAUCUUCUGGGAACUGAUCUGUCGAGCUUCAAAUACGACGACUUCAUAUUUGUACUUGAUGUUAUCAGCAGGUUGAUGCAAGUUGGAGAAGAAUUUUGUGGCAGCAAGUCUGAAGUUUUGCAAGAAUCUAUCAGAAAACAAAGUGUUAACUAUUUCAAAACAUACCACAGAACCCGUCUUGAAGAAUUAAGAAUGUUUUUGGAGAAUGAGACUUGGGAACUUUGUCCUGUUAAAUCAAGCUUUAGUAUUCUGCAGCUUCAUGAAUUUAAGUUCAUGGAGCAGUCACGUUCCCCGUCUGUGUCACCUAGUAAGCAGCCUGCUUCAGCAAUUUCAACAACAGCAACAUUAUUUGAGCAGUACUGUAACGGAGGAAACCCUUUUGAAAUUCAGGCUGACAGCAAAGAUGAUGAGACAGAAGACGUGUUAGCUUCCAAUGGGUAUGAAUCAGAUGAACAAGAAAAAAGUGCAUAUCAAGAGUAUGAUAGUGACAGCGAUGUUCCUGAAGAGUUGAAAAGAGAUUACGUAGAUGAGCAGACAGGAGAUGCCCCUGUGAAAAGCAUUUCUCGAGAAACUCUGAGGAGCAGAAAGAGAUCAGAUUAUAACCUCAAUAAAGUGAAUGCACCUAUCCUAACAAACACUACAUUGAAUGUAGUAAGGCUUGUUGGGAAAUACAUGCAAAUGAUGAAUAUUCUGAAACCAAUUGCAUUUGAUGUGAUCCACUUCAUGUCUCAGCUCUUCGAUUACUAUUUGUAUGCAGUCUAUACGUUUUUCGGCCGAAAUGAUGCGCCCAUACUGAGUUCCUCACUCUCUACUUCUAACAGAGAACAGCACAGUGCUAGGCAGUUUGAAUUAACAGGACUAGGCCUCGGUAGCAGCAGAUUACGCACUACACUGAGCAGAAUUCAGGAGAGUCUGAUUGAUCUGGAGGUCUCUGCUGAUUCCACAGGAACUCUCAAUGCUGCUGAAGAGAGAAAGGAGAAGGUGCCAAGCCCACAUCUCAGUCAUCUCGUAGUUUUGACAUCUGGCAAUUCACUGUAUGGUUUGGCAGAGAGAGUGGUGGCCACGGAAUCUUUGGUAUUUUUGGCUGAGCAGUUUGAGUUUCUUCAGCCUCAUCUUGAUGCGGUGAUGCCAGCUGCCAAGAAGCCUUUUCUUCAGCAGUUCUAUUCUCAGACAGUGUCAACUGCUAGUGAAUUACGUAAACCAGUUUACUGGAUUGUUGCUGCUAAAGCCAUUGAUUAUGAACAAAUGCUGCUUCUCAUGACUAAUGUGAAAUGGGAUGUGAAGGAAAUCAUGUCACAACACAAUAUAUAUGUCGAUGCCCUUUUAAAGGAAUUUGAAGAAUUUAACAGAAGGUUGAAUGAGGUGUCUAAGAGAGUCCGUAUUCCACUGCCUGUGUCCAACAUCCUUUGGGAGCACUGCAUACGCUUGGCUAAUAGAACACUUGUGGAAGGUUAUGCCAAUGUAAAGAAGUGCAGCAAUGAAGGGCGUGCCUUGAUGCAACUGGACUUUCAACAGUUCUUAAUGAAACUAGAAAAGUUAACGGACAUUAGGCCUAUUCCAGAUAAAGAAUUUGUGGAAACCUAUAUUAAAGCUUACUACCUAACAGAGAAUGACAUGGACCGGUGGAUAAAAGAACAUAGGGAAUAUUCCACUAAGCAGCUGACGAAUCUGGUGAAUGUUUGUCUGGGCUCCCACAUCAAUAAAAAGGCAAGACAGAAGCUGCUGGCUGUUAUUGACGACUUAGACAGACCUAAAAGAUAACUGGAGAAAGCUGCUUUCCUUGUGACGUGUAUCUUUUUCUGUUCAUGUGAAGCAUGCAGGCGAAUCUCUUGUGGACUAAUGACAACAUUCUUUUAAAAAAAACAUUGUGCAUGACGUUUCUUACCAGCAUUGGAGACACUCCGAAGUGGUAUAAUGUUCUAAAAUAUGACUUUUCUAAUCUAUGGUAUUAUUUUCUGUUGUUUCUUCUUUUUCUUUUUGUUACUUGCCCUUAGUCAGGGGUCACUGUGUAUCAUUGGUGAGCUGUAUAUUUUGCAGAAAUAUGCUGUAAGUGAAAUCAAAAUCGGAGAGAAACAUGUUGGCUUAAUAUAUAGUUGAUGCUCUUUUUUAAUAAAAGGGCUACUUGAAAAUAUGAUUUCUUUCCUCCCUGCUUUCACCCUCAGAAUUUGUUCUUUAUGGACCAGUGUAAAAUGAAAAAAAUGUACAGUAUUCGAUUGAUGUAUCUUGCAUGUGGAUUAAGAGUGCAAAUCAACUAAAUACUGUAAUGUUAAAGCCACUCAUCUUCAUAUGUAUGAAAAAAUGUCUUUUUAUUUCUGAAUUCAUUUAGUCAUAUCAAAAUGUUUAGCUUAAGAUUAAUAGAAGGUAAUAAAUACUGUACACUAAUAUGAUUUCUUUGCGAGACUUCAUUUUCCAGUUCAACAAUGCAAACUGUCAUUUACAAUAGGAAUUGGUACUGUUCUUUUCAUAUCGCUUCCCUUUUGUGUCCUCUUCCUGUCUUUCUUGUUCUGAAGCAAUAAUACCAAGGAAUAGGAACAAUGCUUUGUUGGCUAAGGUUUUGUAUUCAUACUAAGAUAAUCUUUCCUGGUUGGAAAUACUAAGUGAUACUCACGCCAUGAGUUAUCCUGAGCAAAGCAAAAUUGCUUGGCUGUGUAUUUCUCCUUAGAAAUUGAUUUGUCAGAACAUUACUGAUUCCACUGAAGUUUUCAUGUUUGCCUUCAGCUGAAGGAUCUCCAUUCUCAUUACCUUUUUCCUUCCUUGCAGAGCAGGUUUACACAAGGUACUUGAAGACUGCUCACAUAUUGUGGUGGCAGAACCAGAGAAACUCUGAAGAUGGAACUAACCAAAACUGAGACUUUGAUGUUCAUUAACACUUUCCUAAUGCACUGGAGCACUGUUUAAUCUCUCUGGUUUUCAUUAUGUAAAGUUUUAGAUUUUUUUUUUUAAUUACAUAAUAACAAUUUUACAGUGCUCUGAGAGCUUAAAAGGAAACAUGCUGGCAUUGAUCUAAUAGGUAAAAUAAUUUACAUAAGCUACAAUGCACUAAUGCGUACUACAUGGUAAAUUCUCAGUUUCAGGUUCAUACUUACUGUUGUACUUUUAAUUCAAAUAGAGAAUCGGGGUGUACUGAAUGAAAGAAGUACCCAGUGAUAGAAAAUUGCCCUAUGGAAUCAUUAUAAUUACUCUUUUCUGUAGUUUGAUUUCCUCUUCAGAAGUGGACAGAGAAUCAUUGUGUGAGUUCACUGAAAGCCUGUAUACAAUUUUAGGAGAAUGACAGAAUUUACAUGUCAAAUAUCAACUGUGUAGUGGUCACCUCCCUUGUUCCUCUGUAUUUUAAAGGGAAUAACAUUUAAAACAAAAUUUAACUGCAUUCUUUAUUGACCAUUUAAAAUUGUUUAACAGUGUGUCACUGUUUAUGUUGAAGCUGAAUCACUUCUACCCUCAUUAAAAAGGCGGUUCAA